AUGGGAGGAAUCUUUUCGAAAAAAAGCUCUUCGCCGAAAUCAGCUCCUGUUUCAGAGCAAGACCAGGCAAUUUUGGUAUUUUUCAAUCAUUUUUCUUUUCUCAUUUGCCUUUUUACAGCAACUUAAAACUCAACGCGACAAAAUCAAGCAAAUGAUCAAAAGGAAAGAAAAAUGCAUGGAAAAGGAAAGGCUCUUGGCGAAGAAACUGCUUCAGGACGGUCGGAAAGAGUGAGUUUUUUAUCGUUUGCUGUUUAAUUGAAUUAUUUUCCAGCCGAGCUUUGUUAUUAUUGAAAAAGAAACGUUAUCAAGAGAAUAUGAUCGACCAAACGCUUAAAAACGUUAGAAAAAAAUCGAAAGGAUGGUGGGUCUUCUAGAGUUUAGAACUAUUAUUUUUUCUUUUUUCAGGUUCAAGAUUUGGAGUAUGCAGAAAUUCAACAACGAGUCGUGGAGGGAUUGA